CUUCAGAAGAGAAUGUUCAGUGAAGAAGGGAAAGAGAAUUUUAAGAAGUCUAUGGCUGAAAGAAUCUCACCUUAUGAGCCACAGAGAGGAUGAGGAUGCUCACAGGAUGAAGGUGGCCAAACAGACACCAACAUACAGAUUUGGCAAUGUCCUGAAGGGCAAGACCUUCACCCGCAAGGUCUAGCCCAACAACUCCAUGGAGAUUGUCAAGACCAAGAUCAAAGACAAGGAAGGGAUCCCAUCUGACCAGCAGUGGCUGGUAUUUGCUGCCAGCAGAUGGAGGGUAGCUGCAUCCUGGCCAACAGCAAGGUCCAAAAAGAGUCCCACCCUUCACCUGGUGCUGUGCCUGUGUGGUGGCCUAAAAAACCAUCCCUUUGCUAGUCUCUUCAGAAAUACAACUGUGAUAUGUCCAUGCACUGCUGCCCACAAGUGCUGCCCACAUCUGCACCCCUUGAGGUCAACUGCCUCAAGAAGAAGAGGGGCCAUACCAACAACCUGCACCACAAGAGCCUACAGUAAACCCAGCCUGUCAGCCCACCACAGCCCUGUGGUGACUGAAGGAGGGAAUGUCACCCUCCAGUGUGCCUCAAGGCAGCCAUAUCACUGGUUCAUUCUGACGAAGGAAGGACCACAGAAGCUCUCCUGGACACAGGAAUCACAGUAUAACUACUCUACUAGACAGUUCCAGGCCCUGUUCUCUGUGGGCCCUGUGACCUCCAGCCAAAGGUGGACAUUCAGAUGCUACAGCUUUAACAGGAACAGACCACAGGUGUGGUCAGAACCUAGUGACCCCCUGGAGCUCCUGGUCUCAGGUCUGUCCAAGAAGCCCUCCUUGCUGACUCACCAAGGCCAUAUCCUGGACCCUGGGAAGAGCCUCACCCUGCAGUGUUGUUCUGACAUCAACUAUGACAGAUUUGCUCUAUAUAAAUUGGGUGGAGCUGACUUCAACCAGAAUGGUGGCCAUUGGACCGAGGCUGGUCUCUCCUUGGCCAAUUUCACACUGGGCCCUGUGAACAGCUCCACCGGAGGCCAAUACAGAUGCUAUGGUGCAAACAACCUCUCCUCUGAGUGGUCAGCCUCCAGUGAUGCCCUGGACAUCCUGAUCACAGGACAGUUUCCUGUCAGUCCUUUCCUCUCAGUGAAGCCUAACUCCACAGUACACUCUGGAGACAACGUGACCCUGCUGUGUCAGUCAACAUACAAAGUGGACACUUUCAUUCUCUCCAAGGAGGGAGCAGUCCACCAACCCCAGCGACUAAAAUCAAAGUUUCAAGUUUGGGAGUUCCAGGCAGAAUUCUCCAUGAGUGCUGUGACCUCUGCCCUCUCAGGCACCUACAGGUGCUAUGGAUCUCAAGACUCAUCUCCCUACCUGUUGUCAUAUGGCAGUGCUCCUGUGGAGCUCACGGUCUCAGCCACAGCCUCAGAGAGCCAGGAUCACACAGUGGAGAAUCUCAUCAGGAUGGGGUUUGCUGUCGUGAUCCUCAUAGUCCUUGGGAUUCUGGUCUUUGAGGCUUGGGGCAGCCAGAGACAGACCCACCAUGCAGCUGAGAAGUAAUCAGAAGAGAAAGAAGUACAUCUCUAAGUUCCAGAAUCUGGGAAAUAAAUCUGAUGAUCCAAGAUUUCUGUAAGAAAAUCCAUUUCUUAUGCUGAGGAACUGUUGUCAGAGAACGUCCAGGGAGCAAAUGUUCACUGGGUGCAGAGGAAAGUGUGAGUGUUGUGAUGAGAUCCUUCCUCAGCAAAUGAAUUUACAUCCCUCCACCUACUGUGGGCACUUGCUGACUGGACCAACACUUCUGAAUCUAUAAGUCGAGGGGGUAUGCUGUCCCAUCUGUCAGGCAUAGGUCUUCAUUUCUGUACAUCUUUUCUUUCUCUCCCUCUCAUGUGUCAUUUUCCAUUUUUAUCCAUUGACACACUCUCCAUGGCAAGAGGCUCUGUCUGUUGGACUAGAAGCAAGGAAGUGCCUCAAUACCAAAAAUGAUGAGUAAAGUCAGAGUCCAGAAUUCAAAUUCACUCUGCCUGAUGCCCCAAAACUCUCUUCAUGACCCUCCAACCUUUCAGUUUUCAACACAUGUUCUUCAUGGAGUUUCUCUUGAAAUAUAAAGCCAAUGUUACCACACUAGCUAAGUCUUCAAGUACGAAGCAGGAAAUGGGUGAAGAGAGGAGAGUCUGUUACCUUAUACAGGAUUUAAUGCAAAAUUUCUGCUUUCUCACCAUUCAGUGUGAUGAUAACUUUGGUAUUUUGGUAUGUGAACUUAUUCUGACUCUGGAGGUUCUCUGUUCCUAAUUUCCUGCGAGUGUCCAUGAUAAAUGGCUAUGGGACACUGCUAAAUACUAACUACUCAUCAAAAACUGUCUCUACUAUCUGUAUUUCUAAUUUUAACCUUGUUACUAUCAUCAAUAACAUAUGGUUUUGAAUCUUGAUUGGGAUUUAUAUGACUGGGUAAAUUCCAUUUUUUCAUGAGGUGUUCUUUUCAUUUUAUAAUAUAUUAUCAUGGCUAAAAACAGGAUAUGUUCCAAAGAACUCACAUUUAAUAAAUGUUCUUCAUGGUGUUAGCAUCAUAGAAUACUUGACAAAGUCUUGUCAUGAAUAUGAUGUCAUAGAUGACUUGCUCUUCAAGACUGUCUUUACAUGAUGCAUGAAUGAUAUUUUUUUAAAACAUUUUUCAGCUGUGUUCAUGGGAGGUUUUAGUCUAUAAUUUGUUUCAUCUAAUUUCUUUGUCUUGAUUCACAGUUAGAUGAUGCUGGCCUUAUAGCAUGACUUAGGUUACACAUUCCAUUCUCUAGACCUGAGUGUCCAGUUAUCUGGGUAGCCUGUACUCAAUAUCUCCCUCUACCUGAGCAGAUCUUUUUGUUUUGUAUUGCUUUGUUUUCUUUGAGACAAGGUCUC